GAGGAUGGGGACAACCAUGACGAAGAAGAGAAAAAAGGAAGACCGCAAAAAUUGGUUUUAAUAAAAGUCACAAGUUGUCAUGCGUACUUGGCAUGAUAGGAGGGAAGUGUUCUUAUUACAGUCCCGUACUGUUACUAUCUGUGCCCUAUUCUCUUCACUAUACCUCUGCCUGCUUUUCUGCUGUUUGUGCAUUAGUAUAGCCUGCUGUAACAAAGUAUCAGCUUCAGUGGCGUGACUCAGUUGUAAUGAAGGUGUCCGAGUCUUUAAUGGAUCCGUUUAGGACUCUUAUCUAGCUGAAGUUCAAAGGAGGCGACAGCACAAUAUUAACUCAGCGGAAACACAUUUAAAAUGUGUUUUUAAGGUCGAGUAGUGAAAACGACAUGGCGGACUUGCGGACUUUCAACGUUGUGAUUUUGGGUUUGGGAUUUUUGUUCAUUUUUACCGCCUUCACCACAACGGGGAACAUAGAGCAAACUGUGGUGAAAAGCCUGGGAAAUGAUACUUUCAGUGGAAGUGGCUAUCACAGUCUGGGAAUCAUCUAUGGGGUCUUUUCAUUCUCCAAUUUACUUGCACCAACAGUCGUUGCAGUAAUUGGACCGAAAUUUACAAUGCUUCUUAGUGGCCUACUCUACAGUGGGUACAUUGCUGUGUUUAUCAUCCCCACAACAUGGUCCCUUUACUUCACAUCUGUGCUGAUUGGCAUCGGAGCAGCCAUGCUCUGGACGGCUCAAGGACAGUUCCUUGUGGAGAACUCAGAGGCAUCCACCAUCAACAGGAACACGGGGAUGUUCUGGGCUCUUUUACAGUGCAGCAUGUUGUUUGGCAACCUUUACAUUUACUUUGACUGGAAUGGAAGAGCAGAGAUACCAGACAGCAGCAGGAAAAACAUUUUCCUGUCCCUAUUGGUUGUCUCCCUGCUCGGCACUCUCAGCUUCCUGGUGUUGAGGAAGAGUCCUCAUGCAGAGGAGAUGCUCUCUGAAGAGGAAGGCCAGUCGCUGCUCUCAACAUCAACUCGCAUGAUGUAUAAACACAGAGCAAACACUGCCCUGCAGGACGCCAAGACAGAAUUGAAAACCAUCCUGCAGCUUCUGAAGGCUAAGACCAUACUGCUCCUGAGUCCCUGCAUGGCAUACAGCGGCCUGGAGCUAUCUUUCUACAGUGGAGUGUAUGGAACGUGCAUUGGAGCAACAGCGCACUUCGGAGAUGCAGCAAAAGGCUUGAUCGGGAUUUCUGGAAUUAUGGUGGGAAUCGGAGAAAUAGUGGGUGGAGGCUUGUUUGGAUUGGUGUGCAAGAACAAUCGCUUCAGACGCACCUCAGUGGUGUUUCUGGGAAUGGUUGUUCAUUUUGUGGCUUUCUAUUUAAUAUUCCUCAACAUCCCAAGUGAUGCUCCUGUCGUCCUGAAAACCACCACCCAAAGGAGCCCGUAUCUGACUCCAAGUGUAUCCAUCGCUCUGCUGUGCAGCUUCCUCCUCGGACUUGGGGACAGCUGCUUCAACACGCAGCUGUACAGCAUAUUAGGCAGGGUUUAUGCCGAACAAAGCACGCCUGCUUUCGCCAUCUUCAAAUUCAUCCAGUCUGUUUUUGCAGCAGUGGCGUUCUUCUACAGCGGUUACCUUCUGCUCAUGUGGCAGCUCCUGAUGAUGGUCGUCCUGGGCUUCACUGGAACGCUCUGCUUUUUUGUCGUGGAGAGGAUGCAAAACUUUUCUACGGAUGGCCAGGAGGAAUAGAAAAAAAGACCCCUCUUUUUAAAAAAAUCCUUUUACAGGGCAGACAACGAGGUUAUUGUAGGAUCUCUUUUUUUUUUUUUUUUUUUUUUUGUACAACACACUGAAGGUCAUAGACAAAACAUUUCUACUCAAAAAAACAACAAAGCUGCCUUAAAAAUAUUUCACAGUGUUCCAUGGUGAUAAAUCAGACUGAACCAUGCACAUUUUACUGUUCUACUUACACUAUAAUAAACAGUAUCAAAUUCAUAAUUAACAUUAGUGUCCUGUUGCACAUUUGCACUGUUGGUCUUACUGUAGGAUGCUGAAAAUAACCACAGCUAUUAACUAUGCUUCAGCUCAGGUUUGUUAUUAAAAUAAUAUUGUUAAAACUAUUUUAUGUGUCUUAACAUGUUACUUUAGAAGCUGUUUAUAAUUGUCAGAAUAAGAAAAUAAUGAAAUAAUGUUCAUCUUGUUUACUUAUUAAUGCCUGACAAUCAUUUUUAACUUUUUUGUAAAUUUUGCAUGUUUUUUAGUGUUUUUAUCAGGAUUUUGUGAAUCUUUGAAGAAUAAAGAUUUAU